AUGGCGCUUUCAGCAACAUUCAAACAAGCCGUUUUCAAGACCGCCGGCGGUCCGCUGGUCGUUGAGGAAGUACCCCUCGUCCAGCCCAGUGCCAACCAGCUUCUGGUGAAGGUCGAAGCAUGCGGCGUGUGCUUUUCGGAUCAAAUGGCACAACACAAUAUGAUGGGUGCGGGAUUUCCCAUCGUACCCGGCCACGAGUAUAUCGGUCGGAUCGCUGCUCUGGGACCCCAUGUUACCGGCUGGACAGUUGGAGACCGCGUUGGGGGAGCCUGGCACGGAGGCCAUGAUGGAACUUGCAAAGCAUGUCGAAAGGGCUGGUACCAAAUGUGCGACAAUCGAUCAGUCAACGGUGAAACCAAGAACGGCGGCUAUGCUGAAUACUGCUUCCUUAAUGCGGAAGCCGCCGUGCGCGUGCCCACGCACUUGCCGGCUGCCAAAUACGCGCCGAUGCUGUGCGCCGGCGUGUCCGUCUUCAACUCAAUCCGUCAUAUGAACAUCGCCGUCGGCGAGACUGUGGCCGUGCACGGGCUCGGCGGUUUGGGCCACCUGGCGGUCCAGUAUGCGCGGAAGAUGGGCUACCGGGUCGUCGCCAUCUCGAGGGAUGCAAGCAAGGAGCAGUCGGCACGCGAGCUGGGAGCACAUGAGUAUAUCGAUUCCAGUGCCGUGGACGUUGGUGAGGCUCUGCAGAAGCUGGGCGGCGCCUCAUUGAUCGUCGUCACUACACCGUCGUCAGAGAUCGCCAAUCCGUUGCUGAAAGGGUUGGGCAUUCUGGGCAAGCUAUUGUUUUUAUCAGUACCGGGCAAGGUUGAGGUAGAUACUGCCACCAUGCUUGGAUAUGGCCUCUCCGUGCAGGUUUGGCCCUGUGGUCAUGCCACCGACACGGAAGACGCGAUCGCCUUUGCGGAGAUGGAGAACGUCGAGUGUCUGGUGGAAGAGUUCCCACUUGAAAAGGCAAAUGAGGCAUACGAGGCGAUGCUCAAGGGUACGGUGCGGUACCGAGCUGUGGUGACGAUGUAG